UCCAAAUCGCCACGUGAUUUUGAGAAGCCCGAAAUGCCCUCGCUCGUAGUAUCCAUUCCAUUCUACGCGCUUCGUUCCUGACUAAGAUUUACUUCAGUACAAUAGUAUAUAAUCUUCUCUCGUACGUUAGGAGUUGGUCAGCUCUCCUGGUUACAUAGACAGCUUCACUUUCAAUCAGACACCAACUACCAUGUCUCACCUCACCUACACUUCCUACGAAGGUUACGGCGAGAGAGUCAAGAAGAGCCUCUGGUAUAGCCAGGCUGUUCGAGUCGGUGACAUUAUUGAGUGCUCCGGGCAGGGUGGCUGGGACCGUGACACCGACAAGAUCGACCCCAACAUUGUUGUCCAGAUCGAGAAGGCCUUCGAAAACGUUGACAGAACCCUGAAGCUCGCUGGAAGCCGCGGCUGGGAGGAUGUUUUCUUCCUGCGCUCUCACCACCUGCCAUGCAACCAGGAGGCUAUGGAGACUAUGGUCCGCUGCCUGAAGCAGUACUGCCCCAACCAUCAGCCCGCCUGGACUGCUCUGGGAGUCCCGCGUCUGGCUUUCGAUGACAUGAGAGUUGAGAUUGAGGUCCGCGCCCACAUCAAGGACUAAAUGCCUCGCACGUGUAAAAUCAGAAUAAAAGUCGCUAGCAAGUAUGAAGGAUGGG